AGAACGAGGAAGCAGAUGAGGGAAUUGGUAGUAACCCGGCCAGUCCCCCGCGCGCGGGCGGUGCAUCCAAGAGACCCUGGGUGCAUGGGUCGACGGAUUGCGAAACAGGAAGAAAGACAAUCGCAAUAAUCAUCAUUAUUUCCCCCGUUUCUCUGGCACAAAAAGUACCCAAGUGAUAUUCAGCAAAUGGAUUAAUGUUAUCAAGCAGUGUACAAGUGUUUCAGUGAAAUUUUAGGUCGUAUUGAAGAGUGUUUGAAAAAUCUUGGUGCAUUUCAUUCAGAGGAGGCCACAAUGUGACGACUAAAAUGCUAAAAGCUUUUAUUGAAGCAGAUAAUUGAACGGAUUUCACUCAAGUAUGAAAGUAAAUGUUCCACUACAUUCAAACGUGUUUAUUUAUUUUAUGAUGAUAACGAAAAUAAAUGACUAAAUAUCAUCACUUUGGCCCUGGAAUGAUGAAUACUCUUUAGAAAAAUAGAACAAGAGAUUAACGAUAUUAAGCAUCGAAUUCUCGACUAAGUCUGAUAAAUAGUCAUUAGGAAAGUAAGAUAAGUAACAAAGUUCUACACGAACGAGUAUCAAAGAGAGGUGGGAAAAAAUAAAAAGAAGCUCAAAAGAAUCUACUUGACACCAAGAAAAAUUCAAGGUCAGCUGAAUAUGCCUCGAGUUAUAAAUCGUCUCUUCCUGUUCAAGUAGAAGACAUUUUAGACACAAACAUGUCGCAAAAACAAAUGUUGCCGAACGAGGAGUCGUACCUGAAAUCAGGUCGACCCCUGAGGUUCUUCAAAGCCAGCUUCUCAGAUCAAAAGUUAGAAAAACUUUACCGAGCUUUUUCCCUCCAACAACGACGAGGAGGACUUCACUGUUUCCUUUUAUCAGCAAUUCUCUACGAUGCCUACACCCUAACAUCACUGGAAGCUGAAGCAGCCGCCAAGGGGCUUACUGCCGUGUCUAUUGGAUUAAACCUUAGUCUACUUGCCAUGGCUGAAAGAGGCACCAAAGGAAGAGAUUGCAUGUGGUCUGCAUUACCACACAUAGCUUGGCUUCUAUCAACAGCACAACUUCUUACUCAGCUGUUCCUUAAACCUAAUGUGGUAACACCGAGGGAUAGUCUUGGUUGGAUACUUCUUCGUCUUUAUCUCCAAUUUACUACUCUACCUCUUCGGCUUCUUCAUGCUGCUCUACUUGCUCUCAGUACUGCCACGGUUUAUAUCAUCGCUGUUGUCGGCCUCGCUAAAGUUCCAACUCAAACCCCUAUUGAAGUUCUGAUAAUAACUGUGACAUUGUCAGCGGGUGCAGUGAUAUUGGGAGCAUCGAGUUAUUCCUUGGCAGAGUUCCAGCAGCGUCGAGCUUUUUUAGAAACCCGGCAGAGUCUUCAGGUUCAGCUGGUGAUAGAAGAACAAAGUGCAGAACAAGAACGACUGCUAUUAAGUGUCCUGCCUGAACACGUGGCAGUAAAAAUGCGUCAAGACUUAGGCGCAUCUUUUGAUACACAAUUUAAAAAAAUUUACAUGUCAAGGCAUGAAAAUGUAUCAAUACUCUACGCAGACAUUGUGGGUUUCACAGCGAUUUCAUCAACUUAUAGCGCUGGUGACCUUGUGAAGAUAUUGAAUGAGCUUUUUGCUCGCUUCGAUCAGCUGAGCGAACGGUACGAGCAAUUAAGAAUAAAAAUUCUUGGAGACUGCUAUUACUGCAUUAGUGGUGCACCAGUUGAAAGACCGGAUCACGCAGUGUUGUGUAUUCACAUGGGAUUGUCAAUGGUAGAAGCAAUAAAAUAUGUCCAAGCGACAACUAAAAGUCCAGUAGACAUGAGAGUUGGUAUUCACACUGGUGCUGUACUAGCAGGUGUCCUUGGUCAAAGGCAAUGGCAAUUCGAUGUUUAUAGUAAGGAUGUUGAGUUGGCAAAUAAAAUGGAAAGUAGUGGAAUGGCUGGACGAGUCCACAUUUCUAACGUAACAUUGAGCUUUCUAAAUGGAGAAUUUGAAGUGGAACCAGCAUUUGGAGAAAAUCGUGAAGAGGCUUUGGCGAAAGCUGGAAUAGUUACUUAUUUUAUCGUGCGAGCAUUGAAACCAUUCAAACCAGCUGUUACCAAGAGUCUAGCUUCUCUUACUGACGCUGAGAACACUCCAAGAAUGAUGAACCAUGGAGAUAUCAAAUACGAGAAAAAUACGAAGGAAGAUUCAGACGAUUUUCAAGAAAGGUUACGUCAAGAGCUUGAGAAUAAAGAUCAUUUUAUAGAUGGUGGAACAGAACUCAAAGAUCAUGCAUCGUGGUUAACUCUUCAGUUCAAAGAUCCAAACGUAGAGUCAGAGUUUCACACCAGUGGAGAAGCAUUUUCUCCACUGUCUCUUCUGGGUGGACCUCUCGUAAUAAUAUGUGCUUCUCCAAUAUGGAGGUUUCAGCCAUGGGGACCAUUUACAUGGGGUGGUGCUGGUGUUGUAGUUUUAUUUGGAGUAGUUCUUGCUGGAGCAACGUGCCUCGGAAGUGCUGUGAGAGCUCGAUGGCUUCGACGAACUCUAGCUUUACUCAUGAUUUUUUCUUUGAGUGUUUUCCUACUUUUAGACAUGCUAAAUUGUGCUGUAAUUGAAGACUUAGAACCACCAAGGAAUGCUUCAGAAACUUGGGUUUCACCAUGUCCCUAUCCAUCAUAUUACUCUUACGUUGGAGUACUAUCACUGAUAGUUAUUUCUAUGCCAACAUACAUGAGUUACCUCGGAAAAUCAGUACUGAUGUUUUUAUUAGCUAGUGCACAAUGUUCUAUGAACGUCUUAAUACUAGCACCAAGUCUUGAUCAAGAAGAUACAACCUCUCAUCAGCCUCCGCCUGAUCAACCAGUUGCUUAUCCUCUCAAGUAUUUGCUUUCUGUCACUCUUCUCACGAUAGUAGUAACCCUCGUUUUCGUCGCAAGAUACGCGGAAAAAGCAAGAAGAAUUCUGUACCUAAGAGGCAGGGAAGUUGUAGCUCAAAGGGAACGUGCAGCAGACAUGAAAAGAAGAAAUGGGGCGUUGAUAUAUAACAUUCUACCACCGCAUGUAGCUACCUACUUUUUGUCCACUAAUCGGCAUCAUGAUGACCUCUACAGCCAGAGCUAUGCGGAAGUUGGUGUUCUUUUUGCUAGCAUGCCCAAUUUUGCUGAUUUCUACAGUGAAGAAAGUAUCAACAAUCAAGGCCUUGAAUGUUUGAGAUUCCUCAACGAAGUUAUAUCAGACUUUGAUGCAAUUUUAGAUAAUAGCAAGUUCAAGUGCAUCAUUAAGAUUAAGACGAUAGGCUCUACUUAUAUGGCCGCUUCAGGAAUCUCAGAAGUCGCUGAACCUGAAGAUGGACCAAGAUGGGGUCACCUUUGUACACUCGUUGAAUUCGCUUUAGAAUUGAAGAAAGCUCUUUCAAGCAUUAACGACCAAAGCUUCAAUCAUUUUGUUCUCAAAAUGGGUAUUAAUCAUGGACCAAUCACUGCUGGAGUUAUUGGUGCUAGAAAACCUCAUUAUGAUAUAUGGGGUAAUACUGUUAACGUUGCUUCUAGAAUGGAAAGCACUGGAAAAGUUGGUCACAUUCAGGUCACUGAUGAAACGAGAAAAAUUUUAGAGCCAUUUGGAUUUGGUUUUAUUCAGAGAGGAAUGAUUUUUGUAAAGGGAAAAGGACAAUUAUUGACCCAUUAUUUAGUAUCCAAAGAUGGAGUAGAUCUUGAGCUCGAUAGUGAUUUACCUGUUGUACCAACACAUCCGAUUAUUUAUCAAUAAAUAAAUAAAUAUACAAAUUUGACUGGUAUAAGAAACUAAUAGAAUCAAUAAUAGUUCAAAUUAAUUGAACAAUAAAUAUUUAAAAAUCAAAUAUUGAACUGAUUUGAUGAAAUUAAAAUUUUUACUCAUCAGUAUGAUAAUAUAAAUACCAAAAGGUAUUUCUAAAAAUUGAAAACAUGGAUAAAAGUUAUGAAAACUUUCAAAUGAUUAUUGGAGAAUUUUAAUGCAUCGAUAAAGAUCUUUUAAAUGGGCUUUCACUACUACUAAAUCUACUAAAAUGAAUAUUAAUAUGAAAAUAAAUAAAUAAAAUAUAUUUUAAUUUAGUUAGAAAUUAAAUAGACAAUGAAAAUGAAUAUUACAAUUUUUUUAAUGUCUAAUUCUCCGUAUUUUUACUCCCUCAAAUGAUGAUGAGGGAAGAGAGAAACGAAGGCCUACGAAAAUUGUGGCCCUACUAAAUGAUUGAAUGUAAAUUAGAUUUGAUCGUUACAAGAAUAAAAAAAAAUAAUAACACACGUUUGAAACGUUGUAUAGACUUCUGUUGUCAUGUUAUUAUCGAAUCAUAAUUGAAAGACGAAAAACAAGAUGUUUACAAAAAAACAAAAAAAGAAUAACAAAUAAUGAAACGGUGUCAUUGAUUUUACUGUGCAAGAUUGAGGAAGAGAAUAAUAAAUGAAAAUGAAUGACUUAAUCAAAAUAAAUUUCACAUGAUAAUGAGAAGGAAUUGCGAGAAGAUCAUUUCUAUAAAUUAAAUGUUUAAAAAAUUGUUUAAAUAAUAAAAAAAAAUGAAGAGAAAAAAUUUAACAAAAAUAAUUAUGUAAUGAAGAAGAGGAAUAUUAUAAUUAUUAUUAAUUAUAGAGAUAUUUUAAAUUGUUAUUUGAAAAUGGAGAAAUGAUCUUCACGUUUGUCAUCAAUAAUGUAAUCAGUGUGUGUUGACGAUUUAAUUGUAAUGAAAAACUUUAUUCGUAUAAUCACUAUUGUAUGAUUGUGUUGAUUUAGAAAAAUCGUGAACAAUGAUAUGAUCAUUAAUCGCUGUAAUAAAUUGUUCCAAUUUCUAUUUCAAAUUGUCUGACAACUCAUGGUGUACUACUUAAUAGGUAGAUAAGUAAAUGAAGUGUAGAAAGUAAAAUGUGUCUGUCUAUGUUCGGGUUCAUCUACCAUCGGUAAAGAUGUUAGCCAGAACAUUGUCAUAAAUGUCUGACUUUUCAAAGUAUAGCUACUGAAACUCGAAAUAUCUGCAGAAAAAAUAUAUUUCGUGAUAAAUUGUCGUAAAAAGUGUAAAAUAUACAUGUCGAAUCACAAAGUAGUUUCUUAAACGCUAAGAAAAAAUUAUAUAAACUCGGUGAUAGUUUAUUUUUCUACAAAAAAUGCCGAGUUUCUGUUAACUUUUGUCAAUGUUUUUCUUGGUAUCCAAGUACCAGAGUGACAAAUGGCAAGGAUAAAAAUAUUCGAAAAAAUAAAAUGAACACCGAAUUGAAUUACAAA